AUGGUUCUUCUGAUCGAGGUGAUGCAGGGAAUCAAUGGGACGAUCUUCGCCUAUGGUUCGGAAAUCAUCAGAACCAAGCGAUUACAAGACUUGCUGCUUGCUGUUGUUUAUCGAGCCGCCAUGGGCCGUGCCAAGAGGCAUGGAGGGCCGGAGGAGGCAGAGGCGGUGCCCCCACCACCUCCUGCUAGCCCACCAGCGCCUGACGCAAAUCUGGCGGGACUCUUUGCAAACAACCCUUUGCUGGGGGGCAAUCAGUUUGCAAAUCCUUUGCUGGGCGCCAAUCCCUUGAUCCUGGCCACACUCGCAAAUCCUGCCCAACCAUCUGCAGCCAUGCAACCGGGUGCCGCUGCUGCAGAGCCCGAGGACAGCAACAUGAUUGACCCGGAUGUGCAAGAGUUGUGUGAUUACUUCCACAUCGAGGAACGGCAUGCCCGGCGGCUGAAUGACAUCAUGAAGAACAGGGAAGACACCUUUGUGGCAGAUAUGGAGCGGCUCUAUGAUGUCCUAGAGCGGGCCAACAGUCCAGCUGGUCUGCUGGUGGUGAAGAUGCGGGAGAUGGAAGAGGGAACCUUUGUGGGCAAGGUCAAAGCAGACAAAGACUUAGCAGCCGUUUCAAAGAAGUAUAAGCUUGACGAACAGGCGGAAUCCAAGCUGGCAGACAUCCUGGCCAGGUAUGACGAUGCUCGUAGGAAGGAGUACCUCAUUGAGAUCGAACGGCACCUAGAGGUCUCCAAUCGGCCCUCUGCCAUGGCCAUGUUGUUGCUGAGGAAGUUGGGUGAGGGUCAGUCUCUUGGCAAGCCCGGUCCAGCAGCCCCAGGGAGCUACCUCGACAACGCGCAGCGCGCGGCGCGGGGCGAGCCCACGCGCAGCGGCCGCGAGCGCAACGACGGCCGCACCGACGGCCGCGCGGAGCGCAAGAGCCCGCGUCGCGACAAGGAGCGGCGACGCUCCCGGUCGCGCGACCGGCGGCGGUCGCGGUCGCGGGAUCGGCGCUCACGGUCGCGGAGGAGAUGA